AUGGCAUGCAGAUAUGAUCCCACCAGAAAGGUUGUCCCUGUUUCCCUGGCACGUUCCCAUCAGCGCAAGGCGCCCAAGCGUGGGGGUAAACUGGGGUUUGGGCCAAGGUGGGGGGGAGGGGAGAGGGAAGAGGACGAGAUGCUCCAGGACGACCGGAAGAGCCCGCCCGUUGCGCUAUCUCUGUCCCCGUACCAUGGCCAUGGGCUCCAGGAGACGAAUCCUUCUGCCCCGUUGGCUUAUGAGAUUUGCUCCGCCGCGGAGAAUGAGUUGGACUAA